AUGGUGGAUGUCUUCAGGGUCGUUUUCUUGGACGAUGAUGGUGGAAAGAAGAUCUUGCUCCGCCACACGCGCGAGGUGACGAAGUUGGCCGACAGUGGCGUGCCGGCUCAGAAGCGUUUCGCUUUCUACGAUCAGGUCCACACAACCGGCAUGGACAUUCAACACAAGCUCGAUGCAGUGGCAGCCCUCACGCUGGGCAAGGACAUGUGCUGGCGAGACUACGUCCAAGGAGCCUACCGCAUGCGAGGUAUCGGCCGUGGACAGCGCAUCUGCCUCUACGUCAUCCCAGAAGUUGUGGAACUAAUCAGUCGAGACCUGCACUUGGCCGGCAUCGAGGAGAAACUGCGGGGCCCGUCAAAGGAGCCCUGGACCAAAUCCGAGAAAGGGAGGCUCUUGGCCGUGGCCGCAUGGCUUCUGGUGAACUCCAUCCGCACCGAGCGCAUCCAGUUCGCGAUGCUACAGCUGCAGAACCUGGCGAAUGUUUGGCGCCGCAAUGCCUUCAAGAGCGUGAUGUCCGACUUCGAGGCGGUGACGGCAGAUGGCCUCAAAGAGGCUGUGCAGGUCUUCAAGGAGCCAAUUGCUUUUACAUUGCCUAGCGGUGUGCCGCGCCCAAGGGGUGUGCACGAGGUAGUCGAGGAUCGCGUCCAGCAGAUGUCUGCGCUCAUCGCAGAUCAAGAUGACCAGGAUGCGGUGUCCGAGGUCAAGACAAAUGUCCAGGAGCUGUCAAAGCUCGCCGAUGAGAUUCUGGGCUUCAACUUGUCAACACUUUCAGACCCCCUUGAGUGUUCCUUUUUUUGGAACAAGAGCACGGUUGUGACUGGCUGCAUGUUUCUACCAAUCCCGGAAAUGGACGUUGUCUUACCUUAG